AUGUCACACACAAUUCUUCUUCUUCAAUCGACGAAUAAACUGGAUUCUCGAACUUAUUCAGAUUACGAAUCCGUCGAUGAAUGUCUCGAGAGCGUUUGCAAAGUGUUUGAAGAACAUUUGAAGAAACGUAAUCCAACAUCGCCAUCGAUUACCUAUGAUAUCUCUGAAUUAUACGAAUUCAUUGAUCAAAUAUCAGAUUUAAGCUGUUUAGUCUUUCAGAAACCGACAGGCGAAUACAAACCACAUAACAAAGAAUGGAUCAAACAGGAAAUCUUUCAAUUACUACGCAAACAAGCAGCUGGCGGCAAAUAA